AUGACUCCCAUGAGGACCCAGCACUCAUUGGCAGGACAGACCUACACAGUGCCCCUCAUCCAGCCGGACCUGCGGCGGGAGGAGGCCAUCCAGCAGGUAGCAGACGCCCUGCAGUACCUACAGAAGAUCUCUGGAGACAUCUUUAGCAGGAUCUCUCAGCGAGUAGAGCUGAGCCGGAGCCAGCUGCAGGCCAUUGGGGAGAGGGUCUCCUUGGCCCAGGCCAAGAUUGAGAAGAUUAAGGGCAGCAAGAAGGCCAUCAAGGUGUUCUCCAGUGCCAAGUACCCCGCCCCAGAGCACCUGCAGGAGUAUAGCUCCAUCUUCAAGGGUGCCCAGGACUUUGGCCUGCAGAGACGCCCCCGCCACAGGAUCCAGAGCAAGCACCGCCCGCUGGAUGAGCGGGCCCUGCAGGAGAAGCUGAAAUACUUCCCUGUGUGUGUGAACACCAAGUUGGAACCUGAGGAUGAGGCUGAGGAGGGGCUCGGGGGUCUUCCCAGCAACAUCAACUCCGUCAGCUCCUUGCUGCUCUUCAACACCACUGAGAACCUGUACAAAAAGUAUGUCUUCCUGGACCCCCUGGCUGGUGCCGUAACUAAGACCCAUGUGAUGCUGGAGACAGAGGAGAAGCUGUUUGAUGCCCCUCUGUCAAUCAGCAAGAGAGAACAGCUGGAGCAACAGGUUCCAGAGAACUACUUCUAUGUGCCUGACCUGGGCCAAGUACCAGAGAUCGACGUGCCGUCCUACCUGCCCGACCUACCAGGCAUUGCUGAUGACCUCAUGUACAGCGCUGAUCUGGGCCCUGGCAUUGCCCCCUCUGCCCCUGGCACCAUUCCAGAGCUGCCUGCCUUCCACACAGAGGUGGCCGAGCCUUUCAAGCCAGACCUAGAAGAUGGGGUCCUAACAGCACCUCCACCUCCGCCACCUCCUCCUCCACCUCCCCCGGCUCCAGCGGUGCUGGCCAGCGCUCCCCCGCCCCCACCCCCGCCGCAGACUGUGCCUUCUCCAGGUCAAGGUGCCAAGGACGACAGCAGCAUGUCUCCUUCAGCUCCAGUCCAGGGGGCUCCCAAGGAAGUAGUGGACCCCUCCAGUGGCCGGGCCACCCUCCUGGAGUCUAUCCGCCAGGCUGGGGGCAUCGGCAAGGCCAAGCUUCGCAGCGUCAAGGAGCGCAAGCUGGAGAAGAAGAAACAGAAGGAGCAGGAGCAAGUGAGAGCCACAGGCCAAGGCGGGGACCUGAUGUCGGAUCUCUUUAACAAGCUGGUCAUGAGGCGCAAAGGCAUCUCUGGGAAAGGACCUGGGGCCGAGGCCAGCGAGGGGCCAGGAGGAGCCUUCGCCCGAAUGUCAGACUCCAUCCCACCUCUGCCUCCCCCACAGCAGCCACCUGGAGAAGAGGACGAGGAGGACUGGGAAUCCUAG